AUGGACAGAUGUGCGCGGCUGCUGUGCGCUGUGCUGCUCUUCUCGGCUGUUGUGAAGUGCGCGGCGGAGGCGGAGAGCAGAGCGACUCAGGGCUCCAUUCCAAUCCGGGGUAAGAACAAACCAAACACGUCAGAAAACCGACGCCAGGGCGGUUCUUCCUCCGCCACCUACUCGUCCUCAUACUCGGGCAGGGGUAGAGGCUCUUCUUCCUCUGCAGAGGAGGUGCUGGAAUCCAGUCAGGAGGCGCUGCAAGUGACCGAGCGACGCUACCUGAAGCGGGACUGGUGUAAAACUCAGCCGCUGAAGCAGACUCUGCACGAGGAAGGCUGUAUCAGCAUCACCAUCCUGAACCGCUUCUGCUACGGUCAGUGCAACUCCUUCUACAUCCCGCGCCAUGUGCGCCGAGAGGAGGGCGCAUUCCAAUCCUGCUCCUUCUGCAAACCCAAACGCUUCACCACCAUGACCUACACCCUCAACUGCCCCGACCUGCAGCCGCCCACCCGCAAGAAGCGCGUGCAGAGGGUCAAGCAGUGCCGCUGCAUCUCCAUCGACCUCGACUGAACCCUGCGUGCGCAUCCACAGCACAACUCCAGCGCCGUCACCACAGAGCCUAAACAAAUACACGCAAUUCUGCACAGAAAACACGGUUCCAUCACCACAGAGCCUAAACAAAUACACGCCAUUCAGCACAGAAAACACAUGGUCCCAUCACCAAAAUAAUAACGUCACGUGGUGAAGAGGAGACACAGCAGAGGCCACAAAACACCCAAAGUUAUCCUA